AUGAAGUUUACCACAAUCCUCACCACCGCCAUCCUCCUGCUCUCGGCAGCGGCCGACGCAUUCCCACACCCAGUGGCCGACACCACCUCCCUAACCCUCAACCCCAUCCCACAUAGCAAGCGCUCCCCCGCCGCCACCGCGCCCAAAGCCGCCACCAAAAACAAGGCCGCCUCCCGAACCAAAACCACCACAAAGGCGAAGUCUAAGAGUAUAGUUAAUAAGGUCCAGUCUGGCGGCGUCAAAAAGAAGACCGCCGCCACCGCCGCCGGCGCAAAGGGGAAGAAGAAGACGGCCGCAAGCACCGGCGCGGCAAAGUCAUGUCCCAUGCCAGCCAAGGGCAAAGGCAAGGGCGGCAAGCUCGGGAAGCGCACAGGCGACGCCUGCGGCGCUCCGCCGUCACAGAAGGAACAGCUUGUAAAUUGUGCUCCCUGCCAGGGCCUCCAGAAGCGGGGUAGAAACCAGAGGGAGAAGAAAGCUGCGGCGCAGCAGCUGACGAACCAAGUAAUGGGGGGACCUGUUACGCCUGCAAACCCGCUGAGUGUUGACCAUCUGGUCAGUGUGGGCGAUUGUUGGACAUGCCCAAGCAACAGGCCGGAUGCUCCGGCUAUCUUCAACGGCCGCCAAGUGAAGGAGGCCGCGGAGAAACUGGUCAGCAUGAAUGCUGCUAAUGACCAGAUCACGCCCGCUCAAGGAGGUCCCUGGCCUCACGACUUUCAGAACUUUGAGGGGGUAACAACGCCAAACGCCCAAGUCAACAGAUAUAUUACCUUUCCGCUGCUUCAGGGGGGCGCUGUUUACACUGGGGCGGCGGGUCAGUUCGAUGGCUUGUAUCGUGUGACCGUAGGCGUUUCCGAUACUAAUAAGCCGAUAACUCUGGACGUGGUGAGUAUAUUAACUCCCCCCCUCCUCCCCCGGGCGAAACUCUACGAACCAUAUUCGAAGGGUCUCCAUGCGCAUGCUGACGUGAUGUGA